AUGCAGCCAUGUGUGUUUCUUGAUGGUGACAUAGAUGGACAUAUGCGUCUAAUUUUUUGUUUGACUGGAGAGGCACAGCAUCUUUUUCUAUCUUUGGGGUCUUCAGGGAAUUCUUCAGUUUCCUUCUCUCCCCGCGUUUCAUCUCUUUUCUCUCGCCAGCGAGACCUUUUUGUAGCUUCCAUUUACGAGCGCUCUCUCACCGUCGCCUUUCCGACCCCCUCUUUGUUCCGGUGGCUUGCUCUACUCCCUCACUGCUACACACUCCCGUCUCCACGCUUCUCUGUGUUUCCCCGGCCUUCUGUCUUCUCUGCUUUACUUCGCCUCUUUUUAUUCCUCUUCGCUGUUUGCUUCUUCCUCUUUUUCUCUCCAUGUAAAUCUGACCGUCUUGCCCUCAUCUCCCAGCCUCCUUCGAUCUUCGCGACCUGUUCUACGUCGUUCUUCUCUUCCCCCGCCGUUUCCCCGUCGCUUCCUCUCCUCCUCAUCUUUCGUCUCCUUCUUCUUUUCCCCCGCCGUUUCCCCGUCGCUUCCUCUCCUCCUCAUCUUUCGUCUCCUUCUUCUUUUCCCCCGCCGUUUCCCCGUCGCUUCCUCUCCUGUUUCUUGCUCUCUUCUUUCGCCAGAGAGAGGAACUGGCUGGUCGGAGGCAUGGCUGUGAACACAGCAGGAGAUCCUGAGAGCCGCGACAGCUGCGUCGAGCGAAGAGACGCGAGAGAAAUGAGAGAAGCGGAGACGGAGAACGCGGCGGAGGGAGAAGACACUGAGGCUCGGCGCCUGCCCACUCCUGCGCAUGCGCCGGCAACGAACGAACGACGCUCGACGUCUCGCGUUGGGAGCGAGAGACCGGCAGCAGGUAGUCCGGAGGAACGAGACGGAGAGAACGGCGCAGGCGAGGAGAGAGAAGAAGAAGGCGAAGAAGAAGACGAAGAAGAAGACUGGGAAGAUGUGGAGGAGGGAGAGAGCGACGACCAUCUGUCUUUUCAGGAGCCUCGCGAGCGAACGCCAGAAGAACAAAAGGAGGAAGACAGCGGCCCCUGGGUCGGCUGUCCCCACUACCGGCGCAAAUGCAAAGUCGUUGCUCCCUGCUGCGACGAGGUAUUCUGGUGUCGCCACUGCCACAACGAAGUCAAGUCCGACGGCGAGAGAGACUAUCGCAAGGCUCACGAACUUGAUCGAACGGCGGUCAGUGAAAUUGUGUGCGCUCUCUGCGAGACGAAGCAGCCUGUCAGCAACAAGUGCAUCCAGUGCGACACAACGUUUGCGAGUUACUUCUGCGACAUCUGCAAAUUCUGGGACGACGAAGGCCUCAAAAAGGAGGUGUACCACUGCGACGACUGUGGUCUCUGUCGCACCGGUGGACGGGAGAACUACUUCCACUGCCAAGUGUGUGGAAGUUGUUACUCCACGCAGAUUCGAAAUAGCCACAAAUGCGUCGAAAAGGCCAUGCACCAGCCCUGCCCGAUCUGUUGCGAGAACAUGUUCACCAGUGUGCGACAGGUCCACGUCCUGAACUGUGGACACACUCUGCAUGCAGACUGCCUCCAACAACUCAACUCAGAGUGUCUCGGCUUGCAAGCUCUGCGCUGUCCGCUUUGUUGCAAGAGUCUCGGUGACUACGCGAGGAUCUGGGAGAGACUUGACGAAGAGGUAGCAAGGACUCCUUUGCCCGAAGAACUGAGGAGAAAAGCAACGGCUAUUUGCAACGACUGCGGUACAAGAUCGGAAGUGGACUACCAUAUCGUGGGACUGAAGUGCAGGAACUGUGGCGGCUACAACACCAGAGAAAUGAACGCCUAGUGCAUCCCUCUGAGAACACAGCGGAGAGGACAGUCUCCUCUUUCUCCACGGGUAAAUGCAUGCACAUGUAUGUGUAUCCGAAUAAAUAGAGUAUUCGGCUACAGUUAUAAACGUCUAUAAGGAAAGAAACGUUUUUACAUCUAAGUUUACACACGAACGGAGCAAAAUGCCUUGGCCUGUUGGUCAGGCUUGUUUAUAUAUCUCUAUCUCUAUCUAUUGAUAUAUAUAUAUAUAUAUAUAUAUAUAUAUGGAAAUAACUAGUUUGGUAGAGAGGAUGCAAGCAGUUGCUUCUCGAAGAGUUCCACAUGCAUUUGUUCUGUUUUUCGGCUGCUCGUUUCUUUCUCUUUUCUGUGUGCAUGCACCGAGUUCGACACUUCAGAGAGAUGGAAAAUAUUGCUUGGACGCAGAGAGAUGAACUCUGAUGCAUUUCCUUCGCUCAAAUCGCUCUCUGUGUCGAUCCAUUUGAACGCAUGUGAUCUCUGCGGAUCUACGCUAUGGCCAGAGAUAGAGUUCGAUGUAUACAUCCAUACAUGCGCUUAUUCAUGUAUAUCCACAUGCAUCUUCUUACACAUCUAUGCGUGGGCAUACAAGGAUUUACAUUUAUGCGCAUGUAUGCAUAUAUAUAUAUAUAUAUGCAUAUAAAUAUAUGCAUAUAAAUACAAAUAUAUCUCUAUCGAUAUAUAUUUAUAUGAGUGAAGAAACAAGAACAGGGAGAAGGAGAAGCAGGGGGGAAGAAAGGUGGAAGAACAGUCACGAAGAGACAAGGCAAGCGAGUCUUGGGUCCGCUUUCAGUGUGUUCUUUCGUUUCUCCUCUUUCGGGUGUAGGUAUCGUCUCGUUUUGUCACAUGCAUGGAGCUUGCUCGUAUUCGUGAAGGGAUACAAUUCUUUUCUGGUGCAUAUGCAUCGACGCGCGCUGUACACAGACCGCAUAAGAAGUCUGCGAUCG